AAAAAUAUGGAAUUCAAAAACCAAACAGCAGUCUCAGAAUUUCUUCUCCUAGGACUGACAGAUGACUCAGAACUGCAGCCCCUCAUCUUCUGCCUGUUUCUGUUCAUGUCCCUGAUCACCAUGCUGGGAAAUCUGCUCAUCAUCCUGGCCAUCAGCUCUGACUCUCACCUCCACAUCCCCAUGUACUUCUUUCUCUCGAGUCUGUCCCUUAAUGACAUCUGUUUAAACAUCACCACGAUUCCAAAGAUGCUGGUGAACAUCCACGCACAGGAUCAGAGCAUCACCUACAGAGGUUGCCUCACUCAAAGCACCUUUGUCUUGACUUUUACUGGUUUAGAAAGUUGUCUUCUUGGAGUGAUGGCCUAUGACAGCUUUGUGGCCAUUUGUCAGCCCCUAAGGUACCAGGUCAUCCUGACCCCUGACGUCUGUGUCCUGCUGGUUCUUUUCUCCCUGCUCAUUAGCACUCUGCAUGCCCUGCUCCACACUCUGAUGGCACUGCAGCUGUCCUUCUGCACAAACGUGGAAAUCCCUCAUUUCUUCUGUGAACUUGCUCAGAUCUUCAAGCUUGCCUGCUCUGAUAUCUUUAUAAAUACCCUUUUGAUAUAUUCAGCAGCAAACAUAUUCUUUGGUGUUCCUGUUGCUGGGGUUAUUUUCUCUUAUACUAAAAUCAUCUCCUCGGUUUUCAGAAUACCCUCAGUGGCUGGAAGGUAUAAAGCUUUUUCUACCUGUGGGUCUCACCUCUCUGUUGUUUCCUUCUUCUAUGGGGCAGGUUUUGGUGUGUACUUGAGUUCCGCUGUUACUGACUCUUCCAGUAAGAAUGCAGUGGCUUCAGUGAUGUAUGUUGUGAUCCCUCAAAUGAUGAACCCCUUUAUCUACAGUUUGAGGAACACAGAAAUGAAGACAGCUCUAAGGCAUCUUAUUACUGGGAAGCCUUUUAUAUUCUUGUGUCAGUAG